CACGGGCACUGGAGCAGCGGUGUAACCGAUCCCAGCUGCUGCCGUGGGGGGAAUUAGAGCUAUUCCCGUCCCCCUCGGGUUGGUCACGUGUCCUUGGGGAGCGUUUAGGUUUUGGGACCACGUCGGGAGGGAGAGAGAGAGAGCUAGAGGAAGCGCACCGUUGCGCACAGCCGAGUUGGACAGCAACAUCUCAAACACGCGUUAAUGAUCCGGCGGCAGAAACAAGCAGAUCAGUUUUGUUGUGGGGCGUUGUCAUAAACACUCCACACUGGUGUGUGUGAUCCACAGAUCCGUCAGGCACCGACACAGCGUGUGUGAUCCCUCAGUCACUGACUCGUCAAAACUUCUGCGCCUUACCAACUGUGAUCUUUACUGCGAGCGUCACAUUGUUGCCAGACACUGCUACAAGUCGACAUACGGAGCUGUCACGGCGAACCGAGCCCGCCGUCAUCCACAGUGGUGCUGCUCAUUGCUAACUAGGCUGCCUCCAAGCCCACAGGUGAUUGGCCAGCUUCCGUGGGAUUUGAUGUCACCUCUAGAUUGGUUCAACUGAAGAUGGAAACACUGGAGUCUGAGCUGACCUGCCCGAUCUGCCUGGAGUUGUUUGAAGAUCCCCUGCUCUUGCCCUGUGCCCACAGCCUGUGUUUUAACUGCGCCCACCGCAUCUUGGUGUCUCACUGCUCCACCAGCAAGCCCCUCGAGUCUAUAUCGGCCUUUCAGUGCCCCACUUGUCGUUACGUCAUCACGCUGAAUCACCGCGGCCUGGAGGGCCUAAAGCGCAAUGUGACGCUGCAGAACAUCAUUGACCGCUUUCAAAAGGCCUCCCUUAGCGGCCCCAAUUCCCCCACUGAGAGCCGGCGUCUGCAGCCGCAGCGGCCCUACACCGCCACCAUUAGCGGUACAAUAGCUGGAACAAUUGGCGGCGGUGGAGGUGGCACGAGUGGAAGUAGCGCCCGCGGCAGCCCGGCCACUUCCAGCCACUCCCACCCGCACGCCAACCACACCAAUCACGCCAACCACACCAACGCAAACCACAGCCCAGCUGUUGUUGCUAAAAUGGAUCCACGCAUCAGCUGCCAGUUCUGCGAGCAGGAUCCGCCGCGUGAGGCUGUCAAGACGUGUGUCACGUGUGAGGUGUCGUACUGCGACCGGUGCCUCCGCGCGACACACCCUAACAAGAAGCCGUUCACCAGCCAUCGUCUGGUGGAGCCGGUGCCUGACACUCACAUCCGCGGCCUGACCUGCCUGGAGCACGAGAAUGAGAAGGUCAACAUGUACUGCUUGGUGGAUGACCAGCUCAUUUGUGCCCUCUGCAAGCUGGUGGGGCGCCACCGAGAGCACCAGGUGUCCUCACUGACUGAACGCUUCGAUAAGCUCAAGGCUUAUCAGGUGAGCCCGGGCAGAGUGUCAGAUGCGGUAAUGGAGGCUUCAAAGACAAGCGCUGCGCAAACCCUGGAAAACAACCUGACCAACCUGGUGAAGAGGAACAGUGAACUGGAGAACCAAAUGGCAAAGCUCAUCCAGAUCUGUCAACAGGUUGAGGUGAACACAGCCAUGCAUGAAGCCAAGCUGGUGGAGGAGUGUGAUGAGUUGGUGGAGAUCAUCCGCCAGAGAAAACAGGUCAUCGCUGUGAAGAUCAAAGAGUCCAAGGUGAUGAAACUGCGCAAGUUGGCCCAACAGAUUGCAAACUGCCGCCAGUGUCUGGAGCGCUCCAGUGCUUUAAUCACACAAGCUGAGCAGAGCCUGAAGGAGAACGACCACGCCCGCUUCCUCCAGACGGCCCGAAAUGUAGCAGAAAGGGUUGCCAUGGCGACGGCCUCCUCCCAGGUACUCAUCCCUGACGUCAACCUGAACGAGGCGUUUGACAACUUUGCCCUGGACUUUUCCAGAGAGAAGAAGAUUCUGGAGGGACUAGAUUACCUAACAGCUCCCAACCCGCCAUCCAUAAGAGAUGAGCUGUGCACCGCCUCCCACGACACCAUCACUGUUCACUGGACGUCAGAGGAUGAGUUCAGCGUCACCUCCUACGAGCUGCAGUACACCAUCUACACCGGGCAGACAAAUUUCAUCAGUUUGUACAACUCUGCAGACAGCUGGAUGAUCGUACCUAACAUCAAGCAGAACCACUACACGGUGCACGGCUUGCAGAGUGGCACCCGUUAUAUCUUCUUUGUCAAGGCUAUCAACCAGGCAGGAAGCCGCAACAGUGAGCCAGCCCGCCUCAAAACCAACAGUCAACCCUUCAAGUUAGAUCCAAAGACGGCCCAUAAGAAGCUGCGUCUGUCCAAUGACUGCCUGACCAUGGAGAAGGACGAGAGCUCGCUGAAGAAGAGCCACACCCCGGAGCGCUUCAGCGGCACGGGCUCCUAUGGUGCAGCUGGUAAUGUCUUCAUUGACAGCGGGUGCCACUACUGGGAGGUGCUGCUGGGAGCGUCCACAUGGUAUGCCAUCGGCGUGGCUUACAAAUCAGCCCCGAAAAACGAAUGGAGCGGCAAGAACUCGUCCUCAUGGGUGUUCUCGCGCUGCAACAACAACUUUAUGGUGCGCCACGACGGCAAGGAGAUGCUGGUGGAGGCGAGCCUGCAGCUGAGGCGGCUGGGUGUCCUGCUGGACUACGACAACAAUUCACUGUCCUUCUAUGAUGCCAUGAACUCCCAGCACAUUCACACCUUUGAAGUCUCCUUCCUCCUGCCCGUCGUACCCACUUUCAUGAUCUGGAACAAGUCAGUCAUGAUACUCUCAGGGCUACCCGUCCCCGACUUUGUUGAUGGUCUGGCCUCAGAUCUUCAAGAGCAGCAACAGCAGCAGAUGGGCCUGUGCCGGCAAGAGUCGCCGUAUUUGACCGGGAUGAAGAGCUGCCACUGAGAAAGGCCCGCCAAAUUGGCCUGGCAGAGUCCAUUCAGGCCCAGUGACUGAAAGGUUGAUUGGGAGCUGAAAGGCAUUGACAGUGUGACUGAGUUCUGCUCUGUCCUCCGCAUUAAGAGUGGAGCAGUUACUUCUUAUGGAUUUAGAAAGUUUUGGAGAUAUGCACACCGGUCUGGAGAAAUGUCAGUCAUGUUAGCGAUCCAAUGCUUUGCAAAUCCAUCAGUGAAUGGGAACAAGGUCUCUCGACUGCAAACGUCAGUAGACCUAAAAUUCAUCUGAUGCCCUGGAGUCACUGAGGACAGGGCUGGACAUCUGGUUUUAUGACCAUUUAAGGUCUUCCUUUUUGAUUUAUCUUCCUCCUGAAUUGACCUUAGGCAGAAGACCAAGGAGGAAAUGUUCUCGUCAGCCAUUUAGAGUCUGAAGUUACAACAUGUGAACAGUGAGAUUGCAUAAUGUCUCACCUGCACUCAAUUAAAAAAGCAAAAUGCAGAGGCAGCAGAAAGAAUCCAGUGAAAAAAUCCUGACUGCAGACAUUUUAACUUUAUUUCAGAUGUCAAUAUUUCAGUCUCAUUCAGAUGAUAUGUAAAGUGAACCAAAUAUGACAAAAACGGAAUCAAAUUUCAAACUAAUUAGCAGCCAAAGAACAGGUUUGACUUUAUGGGAAAUACACUUAUAUUAUCUGUUUUUUGGAGGCAGUUGAGAAGAUGGGUAUCACUCUCUUGUUUGUGUGCCAGCAGCCGGAUUAGCUUAGCAUAAAGACUGGACAUACUCCAGUUCCAGCACAUAACUUACUGGACAAACCACAGUGUCGAUUUUCAUAUUUCUGGAACAAACAAAGGCAAUUUAAUAUGUGCAUUCGUACGCUUUUGAUGUGCUGCAAGGUGGAUUUUUUGGCCCAGGCUAGCUGUGUCACCUUGUUUUCAGUCUGUGUUCUAAGCUUGACUAAACUAAGCCAACCGCCUGCUGGCUCUAGCUUCAUAAUCAGCAUACAGGCAUGAGAGUGGUAUCAUUCCUCUAAUCUAAUUUUCAGCAAGGAAGCCAAAAAGCAUAAGCAGGGGUGUAGUGCUGCUGGAGUGCACAGGAACAGCACUUUUUUCCUCAAAGUGAGGAAAUAAAAUAUUUACAGUUUUCAAAUCUGGUUUAAAUUCACAAACAUUUUUUAAGCGCUUACAGAUCAAACCAUCACUAAAACAUAUGCAAGAGAGCCAAUAAAAACUAAACAGAAUGGUCAACGUUGUCAUAUAGUCAUUUGAAGCCCAGUUCAGACCGAAGAUUCACAACGAGACGAGUUGAAACAUGCAACUACUUGCAAUGCGCUGUUCUGCAACGUUCUACAAAACUGAUAGUUCACACCAAUGCAACUAGAUGAGAUGGUGUAUCAUCUCUAUGCAACAACUCUCUGUACGUCCGUUCUGUUUUCCACCUUUUCAGGCUUAUUUUGUGGCUGAAUAUAAUCAGUAGCUUCUUAAAAUAUGAAUGAGGAUAGUGAUAGUGAGAUACUGGCUACAGCUGCAUUUGUACUAGCGAUAAAACAGUGAAAAACAUGAACAAAACGAGCAUCAGAUGGCCUGUAUUCAUGUUAAAUAUGCCACAAUAAUAUAAUUACUGUGUGCCACUGUGCGACACUGGCACAUCAUGAGGACAGAAACAGAGGGCUCGGUGGGGACAGAGCGGCCAUCGCAACAGGAGAACUUACCGCCUGAACUCUUGUUGACUUGACCAGCAGACUUCACUACAAGCUGAUUGGCUGUUGAUGACAGACUUUACAUUCUAAAAGCAGCCACCAGCAAUUUGACCAGCUGAGUUGCAGGUGACAUCAUCAGCCGGUUCAAGUCGCGUUCAGAUGGCCAGUCUCUGCAACGUUCUAAAACAGUUUCGUCUUAUCGCAAAUCGUUGGUCUGAACUGGGCUGAAGGUGUGUUGAUAGAUUCUCGAUGUCAGCGUCAUAGGUGCACCGUUACUUAAACACAUAGCACUACACCCCUGAGUGUAUGUCCCACAACACGUAUUCCUUUAAACGUGAAUGUGUCUUUUUCGAUUCGACUUUGUUGUGUGAGCUAGAUGCUACCAUCUUGCUAACGCACCUAGCUGUGGACAUUCUGUGUUGCUGUUCAUGUGUUGUAGCUUAUAGCUGUAAGUGGUCUUUGCUUCAGUCCUCUUCUUGAUCUUCCUCCUAGACUUGACGCAGCAGUCCUGUUUGUAUCGGCUGGUCGCAUCUUCCAGGUUUCAGGAAGCGUUAACGUUGCUCCCAGAUACUAACAAGAUCACAGGGAGUAGAUUUGCAUCAUGUGACUACUCGACUUGUAUAAUAAGAGGUUUAUUGAAUAUUAGAGGAAAAAAGUGUUAUUUAUGACAAAAAAGAUGGUUUACUUUUAUUAUUAAUCUCAACAUAUUCAUGACGCACUUUUUGAUUAACACUAUUUCCCCUCUAUGAGUAUUAAAGUAGAUGGAGCUGAGUGGCAGGGAUGUGACGGGGAGGGGAAGUGAUGACUGGCACUACUGCUGGUUGUGUUCAUUCCUCUGAAAAACCUACGUCACCUUAUUUUCCUACUCAUAUUUAGAAAAGGGUUUAUGGUUACUGGAUAUUAACCAUAAUAAAGUGUAUCGCAAUAAAAGCUGGUGUAAUGAAAGAGAAGCCCCUGCUGUAAAGUUAAAAGUUUUUUCACUGUCAUUUGAACACAACCAGUGACUUUCCCUCCCCGUGGCUCUUUUUGAUAGCAUAUAGUAACUUAAUCUUGUUUAGAAAAGGGAUAUGAUUAUGAUGUUUAUGCGAUUUUUUUUUUAUCAUGAUGGGAUGAUGGUAAAAUAAUAGCUGUUUAAAAAAAACACUCUGUUGUCGACUAUUCAGGGAAGGAGGGGGUUAACACUUUAACUUGCUGUCUGUCGCAAUGUCAUGGCAUGAUUGUGUUUUUCCUCUGUGAUUUGUUAACACACACACACACAUUCACAUAUACACACACACAAACCAACACGUCAUGUUUCGUUUGAGUUGGCCUCGAUAAAUGCAUGAAACAUUGUAGGAUCCCACACUGGUUCACUGGGUAAUUUAAGUCGCUCUUUCAAGUACACUAGAUCUUGUUUUGCAUCAGAUCCUGGCUUCACCUGCACAUUCGCUUCCAACACCCAUCACUUUUCAAAUCGCAGCUAAAGAUGGAUCCAUUCUUUUGCUUUUUAUUUGGAUUUGAAGGCCUCGUGUGGGCGACAGUUUCUCGCUUGGUUGAUAUUCAGGUAGCGGCUCUGAUUCAGACAAUCAAAUAUGUAUCAUAGUUUAUGCAGAUUGAAGAGAUUGUGUAGCAGGAAGCAGCCGAGAGGGAUUGUGAUAAAGCGACACUUGGGGUUGUGUUUUUUAAAAAAAGCAGAUGUUUGACACAUAGUCUUGUUAGAUUUGACACCUUGUAGCCAUUUUCACUCUUUUAACACCUCACCAGAUAUGUACUUAAUGUUGAAUGUCACCAUGGUUAUUUAUUGAUGAAUUAAAGCAAAGAUUGAGCGACAUAAAACUUGUAUAGAGGUUAUCUGACAUGUCAUGGCCUCUCAGUGCACCUUUCAGCCUUCAGUGUUCAUUUAGGGGCGACUGUGUGAUGAUGUGUCAGUCACGAUAGUUUGAUGGAGGUAUUGAUUGCAUGAGCGCUACAGGCAGCAGGGAUAAUCCAGCGGUCGAAGGCAACACAGGAGGAACUCCAGUCUGAGGAGAGGGUUAUCUUUUUUUCUGUCAGGGAGAUUAGUGAAUGUUACCUGACUUCCAGAUAUCCACCCAUCUUGUUGAAUAAUGUCGGUCACAGGCUCGAAACGGCCAUGUGUUGAUUUGUGAUCCAGACUGACAAGCUCAACUCAUCUGUGCAAGCGUGCUUGGCUGGGUCACUGCAUGAUUACGUGACCUUGCUGCAGGUUCAUAAAUCUUUCCUUAUCUUCAUGAUGGGGUUUCUUAUCUUGAGUCAAGCAUAUUCUCUUUUUUUUUUUUUUUUACUUUUUUUUUUGCAACAAAAAAAAAAAAAAAGAAA